GGAGUGCCCUGAGGGUGAGGCCUGUGUCUCCCCCCCCACUCACACUAGGGGGAGGUCCCUCAUAGUAGGGCUGUAUUUCCCCCUCAGACUGUGAGUCCCAUGACAGCAGAGCAGUCUCCACUUUUUCUCCCUUCACCACGGGCUUCAAGUUGCAAGAUGCCUCCUUCCUCCUUUCUUGCCAGACCUUGCUCAACAAGUCGUGUCUCCCCAGGUGCCUCUGCCGAGAGCGUGUACUCCAAGGUGCAGCAUUUUGAAGGGGAGACUCUGUCUGUGCAGUGCUCCUACAAGAGCCGCAAAAACCACGUGGGGGGUAAGGUUUGGUGCAAAAUCAGGAAGAAGAAGUGUGAGACUGGGUUUACCCGGGUCUGGGCACAGGGGCCACGCUAUUUGCUGCAGGACGACGCCCAGGCCAAGGUGGUCAACAUCACCAUGGUGGACCUCAGGCGCCAGGACUCGGGCCGGUACUGGUGCAUGCGUAACAGCUCUGGGAUCCUCUACCCUCUGAUGGGCUUCCAGCUGGAAGUGUCUCCAGCCCCCACAACCAAAAGAAACAAUCCUCUUACACAGCUGGCCAACAUCCUCAAGAGUGGAAUUGCCGUGACAAUGGGCCAAGCCCCUACCUCAGGCCCUGGCGCCCCUUUUACCACCAGUGUGACGAUGUUCACACCUGGGGUCCUCACCCUUGCCAGACUCUUGCCCUCCGCUGCCUCAGGGACCAUCAGACUGACCUCCUUGACAGGAUACGGCUUCACCAGCCCCUCCAGCCCAGAGCCCAGAAGGACCACGGGGCUCCAGACUGUGACUGCAUCUCCCAGCAAUACCAGAGCCUCCUCUGCUGGCCCAGCAACCAUCUUCACCACAGCUGGGCACCUGCCCACCAGAUCGCCCACCACGAGCAUGUGCCAUACCAGCAGAUCUCCCCUUGACAAAUUACCCCCUAUCAGGAACCAGGAUUCUUAUCCCAUUGUGCUCUUGGGGGUACUGACCUUCCUCUCAGUGCCUGUGAUGUUGAUCGUGGUCUAUGGGUUCUGGAAGAAAAGACACAUGGGAAGCUACAGUGUGUGCAGGGGUCCUGCUAGACACCGGAAGGACCCACUAGAUGGCCGGAGCCUCCAUGGAAGCCAGCUUGGUCUAAAGCCAUGUAUGGAGUGGGGGAGCUUCUCCCAGAGGGGCCCCAGGAGACCAGAGGAGGAGUGAAGAUGGGGACCUAUCUGGAUUGGAGCCAGGUUGAGGGGUGAGGACGUGUGCAGAGCUGGACUCAGGCCUUUCCAGAACCAGAGACUGCACUUUACCUGCACAGUCCCGCUGGACUACCAGGAACCUGGGGAGGGACCCACAGUGAGGGACACCAGGCAGUAAGUCCUGGGGGAAGCCACCAAGGGAUUCUGCUCAGAGCCACAGACCCCCGGGUCCCCGCUGGAUGACAGAGAAGCCCUGAUGAUGCUGUUUACAGACAGAGAGCCUCAGCUUCCUUUGGCCUCAAACCCCACUAUUAAGCUGAAGGGAGUCGGGGUGAAGGGUGGACAGCUGCCCUCUCCCCACCAGGACCCUGUGUCCUCAGCUCCCCUUUGCUCCCCUAUGCACUUGGAAAAGAAAGUGUCCAGAGGCAGUGGAUGUCUCAGCGGCCUGCCCUGGAGGAGAAGGAACAGUGAUUAAGAAUUGGGGGUCCACAGAGGAAUCGGUAGCAGGGGACCCCAGAGCUGCCCAAGCCCUCACCAUCCCACGCCAUGCAUCCUCUGAGCCACUCCUGGAUAUGCCCUGCUCUGGGCAGCUAUUGGUCCCUUAAGUCCACAGUCUCAGUGCUGCCACCUGUUGACUGGCCUCUCCUGGGAAAGCUGUGACAGAGCCCCUGAGAGCCCCCAUCAGCUGCAGGACAAGCUGGUCCCCAAAAUGGGCCUCAGAGGCUGAACUCAGGGCUCUCUCCCCCAGUUUUGACACUGGGACUCCAGGUCUGAGCUCCUGAGGGUCCUCCAGUGUCCACUAAAGGGAGGACCAUGGCUUCAGUGGUCCUGAAAGGGGAAUCACCACCUCCACCCCCGCUGCCAGGGGUUCAUUUUCCCUUGGGAAGAGAGAAGCCGCUUGUGACACAGCUAAGACAACUCAGCUGACCACAACCUGGAGAACUGCCCUGUGGGGGUGGGGCGGGGCGGAGUGGGGAGGGUGGAGCCCAGGGGCCUGAGGAGCCUGCCCCUGCCUCACAGGCUCAUGGUUCAGACUUGGCCCCUUCUGCAGCAAAGGCUGGAGAAUACGGGCUGGAUUCCUCCCCUGGAACGGUGGUCCACCAGCCUGGAGUCACCGGAAUAAGCACCUGGAGAUAGAUGUGGCAUCUCCACUCUCGGCCCUGAGUCAGGGACCUCCCAGGUCGAAGAGGAAACAUCAUAGUCAGGAGGGUGACACAGCUGGAUCCUUGGUGGGGCCACUACAGGAUGGAUAUGGGGACAGAGGAAGGGGCAGGGGGUAUCUUAGGGGACAGCAGGGAGGAGGCACCUCUCCCCUCUGUCCAGGAGAGGGCACUAGAGGGGAGACUCAGGCUGAGGAACUGACUGGCCGGGUGCCAGGACUCUCUCUCUCUCUCUCUCUCUCUCUCUCUCUCUCUCUCUCUCUCAUCUGUCCUCCCUAGCAGGAGGGGUGGCCACCAGCUGGUGUGUAACUAGGAGAGAUCUUAACUCACCUGGGAGAAAAUAGCUCCCCAAGAGCUCACUUACUUCCACCCUGAUGGCUCUGCCUCCUUGGAAAGCAAGCUGUCUGGUUGGAGAGCCCUACAGAGGGCUCAGGACUGGGACUCAAGGGCGCCACUUGUCCCUGUGUGACCCUGUGCAAGUCACUAACCCUACCGGACCUCAUUUUUCCUCUUGUGAAAGGGGACACUAAUUCCUACCUCAAGACUGUUUUCAGAAUAAAAUGAAAGAACGUGAACCUUAUA